CGAGAGUGAAGGAGCUAAGAGUUACUUGUGUUUUAAACUAAUAAAAGUUAGCAUUAGCAUGUUAGCUAACCUAGCUAGCACCUGGCUAACACGCUAAUAUGAGCAGAAGCGUGUGGAGCUCUGAGUGAAGAAGUGAAGACAGAUGCUGUGCUGAGCUGGGGGCUGCAGGAUGUAUGCUGUGUACCGGCAGGCCCACCAGCCUACCGGGCUGGAGUUCUCCGUCUACUGCAACUUUAUAUCCAGCGAAGAGAAGAACCUGGUAGUGGCUGGAACGUCUCAGCUCUACGUCUACAGGAUUAUUCAUGACUUUGAAAAUCCGGCAAAAGCAGAAAAACUAUCAGAUGGGAAGAGCCGUAAGGAGAAGCUGGAGCAGGUGGCGUCCUUCUCUCUUUUUGGAAAUGUAAUGUCUAUGGCCAGCGUUCAGCUUGUAGGGAACAACAGAGAUGCUUUGCUCCUGAGCUUCAAAGAUGCCAAGCUCUCUGUGGUAGAGUAUGACCCAGGAACACAUGACCUGAAGUCUCUCUCACUGCACUUCUUUGAAGAGCCUGAAUUGAGGGAUGGUUUUGUGCAGAAUGUGCACAUCCCUAUAGUGCGAGUGGACCCAGAGAACCGCUGUGCGGUAAUGUUGGUGUACGGCACACAGCUCGUGGUUCUGCCCUUCAGAAAGGACACACUGACCGAUGAACAGGAAGGAAUUGUGGGAGAAGGACAAAAGUCCAGCUUUCUUCCCAGCUACAUCAUUGAUGUACGUGAGCUAGAUGAAAAACUCCUGAACAUUAUCGAUAUGAAGUUUCUGCAUGGUUACUAUGAGCCCACUCUGCUUAUUCUCUAUGAGCCUAACCAGACAUGGCCUGGGCGAGUGGCUGUUCGUCAGGACACAUGCAGCAUUGUUGCCAUCUCUUUGAAUAUCAUGCAGAAGGUUCACCCUGUCAUCUGGUCACUCUGUAAUCUGCCCUUCGACUGCACUCAGGUUAUGGCUGUGCCCAAACCCAUUGGUGGUGUGGUGGUGUUUGCGGUAAACUCCUUACUGUACCUUAACCAGAGUGUCCCGCCUUUUGGGGUGUCGCUCAACAGCCAGACCAACGGAACCACAGCUUUCCCUCUCCGGGUUCAAGAGGGGGUGAGGCUGUCUCUGGACUGCUCUCAGGCUGCCUUUAUCAGCUCGGACAAAAUGGUCAUCUCUCUUAAAGGAGGGGAAAUUUAUGUACUGACCCUCAUUACCGAUGGAAUGAGAAGUGUGAGAGCGUUUCACUUCGAUAAAGCUGCUGCCAGUGUCCUGACCACGUGUAUGGUUACCAUGGAGCCAGGCUAUAUGUUUUUGGGAUCCAGACUGGGUAACUCUCUGCUUCUAAAAUACACAGAGAAGUUGCAGGAGACUCCCAUGGAGGAGGGCAAAGACAAAGACAAAGAUAAAGAUAAAGAGAAGGACAAGGACAAACAGGAAGAACCACCAAAUAAAAAGAAGCGAGUGGACAGUAAUUGGACUGCAGGAAAAGUGUCCCUGGCAGAUGAACUGGAUGAGAUUGAGGUGUAUGGUAGUGAAGCUCAAUCAGGCACUCAGCUGGCCACCUACUCUUUUGAGGUUUGUGACAGUAUUCUGAACAUUGGACCAUGUGUGAAUGCUUCUAUGGGAGAGCCGGCCUUCCUGUCAGAAGAGUUCCAGAGUAACCCUGAGCCAGAUCUGGAGGUGGUGGUGUGCUCUGGUUAUGGCAAGAAUGGAGCCCUAUCCGUACUUCAGAGGAGCAUCAGACCACAGGUGGUCACAACCUUUGAACUGCCUGGGUGUCAUGAUAUGUGGACAGUCAUAUCCAGUGAAGAGAAGGCAGAGAAGAAAACUCCAGCAGAGGGCGAGAGUGAGACUGCAGAAGAGGAAAAACAGGAACUCACUGUGGAGGAUGAGAAAAACAAACAUGGCUUCCUUAUUCUGAGCAGAGAAGAUUCUACAAUGAUCCUGCAGACUGGGCAAGAGAUAAUGGAACUGGACACGAGUGGCUUUGCCACCCAGGGACCCACUGUUUACGCUGGCAACAUUGGAGAAAACAAAUAUAUCAUCCAGGUAUCGCCGAUGGGUAUCAGACUGCUGGAAGGAGUGACCCAGGUCCACUUCAUUCCGGUAGACCUGGGCUCUCCUAUAGUUCAGUGCUCUGUGGCUGACCCCUACGUGGUCAUCAUGACGGCUGAAGGGGUGGUCACCAUGUUUGUUUUGAAAAGUGACACUUACAUGGGGAAGAGCCACCGGCUAGCGCUGCAGAAACCACAGCUUCACACGCAAUCACGUGUGAUCACCAUGUGUGCGUAUCGGGAUGUGAGUGGGAUGUUUACCACUGAAAACAAAGUAAACUUUUUGGCCAAGGAGGAAACAGUGGCCCGGAGCCAUUCAGAGACAGAGACCAUCAUCCAAGACAUCAGUAACACGGUGGACGAUGAAGAGGAGAUGCUUUAUGGAGAAUCAAACCCUCUGACCAGCCCCAAUAAAGAUGAGACUGGCCGGGGAGCCUCUUCAGCAUCUUCAUCACAUACUGAGCGACCAGGGGGCCAGGGAAAACAGGAGCCCACCCAUUGGUGCAUGAUAGUCCGGGAGAAUGGUGUCAUGGAGAUCUAUCAGCUGCCAGAUUGGCGUUUGGUUUUCCUGGUGAAAAACUUCCCUGUUGGUCAGCGAGUGCUGGUUGACAGCUCAGCGGGACAAUCAGCUGCACAGGGGGAGAUGAAAAAGGAGGAAGUGACACGACAAGGAGAGAUUCCAUUGGUUAAAGAGGUUGACCUGGUGUCUCUGGGCUACAACCAUAGUCGUCCGUAUUUGUUGGUUCAUGUUGAUCAGGAGCUUCUCAUCUAUGAGGCAUUUCCGUAUGACCAACAGCAGGCCCAGAGCAACCUCAAAGUUCGCUUUAAAAAGAUGCCACACAACAUCAACUUCAGAGAGAAGAAAGUAAAAGUAAAGAAGGACAAGAAAUCAGAGGGUACUGGGGAUGAAAGCAUACUGGCCAAGGGUCACGUGGCCAGAUUCAGAUACUUUGAGGACAUCUCUGGAUACUCUGGAGUGUUUAUCUGUGGACCUUCUCCUCACUGGAUGUUUGUGACGUCUCGUGGGGCAAUGCGUCUUCACCCCAUGACUAUAGACGGAGCAAUUGAGUCCUUCUCCCCAUUCCACAAUGUCAACUGCCCCAAAGGCUUCCUCUAUUUCAAUAAACAGGGUGAAUUGAGAAUAAGCGUGUUACCUACGUACCUCUCUUACGAUGCCCCUUGGCCGGUCCGGAAGAUUCCACUCAGAUGUACAGUCCACUAUGUGGCCUACCAUGUGGAAUCAAAGGUGUAUGCCGUGUGCAGCAGCAUUAAUGAGCCUUGCACACGGAUCCCCAGAAUGACUGGAGAGGAAAAGGAGUUUGAGACGAUAGAGAGAGAUGAGCGCUACAUUCAUCCUCAGCAGGAGAAAUUCUCCAUUCAGCUCAUCUCUCCAGUUAGCUGGGAGGCCAUUCCUAACACACGGAUUGAUCUAGAGGAGUGGGAACAUGUGACCUGCAUGAAGACGGUGGCUCUGAAGAGUCAGGAGACGGUGUCGGGUCUGAAGGGUUAUGUGGCUUUGGGAACCUGUUUAAUGCAGGGAGAGGAGGUCACCUGCAGAGGCAGAAUCCUCAUUCUGGAUGUGAUUGAAGUAGUCCCAGAGCCAGGGCAGCCACUCACCAAGAACAAGUUUAAAGUGCUGUAUGAGAAGGAGCAGAAGGGGCCUGUUACUGCCCUGUGUCACUGCAGCGGCUACCUGGUGUCUGCCAUCGGCCAGAAGAUUUUCCUGUGGAGUCUAAAGGAUAAUGAUCUGACUGGCAUGGCUUUCAUAGACACACAGCUGUAUAUUCAUCAGAUGUACAGCAUUAAGAACUUUAUCCUGGCAGCUGAUGUGAUGAAGAGUAUCUCUCUGCUGCGCUAUCAGCCAGAGAGCAAGACUCUGUCACUCGUCAGCAGGGAUGCAAAGCCUCUGGAGGUUUACAGCAUAGAGUUCAUGGUUGACAACAACCAGCUUGGCUUUCUGGUUUCUGAUCGAGACAAAAACCUUAUGGUCUACAUGUACCUCCCUGAAGCUAAGGAGAGCUUUGGUGGGAUGCGCUUGCUGCGGAGGGCCGACUUUAACGUGGGCGCAAAUGUGAACACAUUUUGGAGGAUGCCCUGCCGGGGGCUUCUGGACCCCGCCAGCAAGAAGUCAUUGACCUGGGACAAUAAACACAUCACGUGGUUCGCCACUCUGGAUGGAGGGAUUGGUCUGCUGUUGCCCAUGCAGGAAAAGACGUAUCGCAGGUUGCUUAUGUUACAGAAUGCUCUGACCACCAUGCUGCCGCACCACGCGGGCCUCAAUCCCAAAGCCUUCAGGAUGCUGCACACUGACCGGCGGACGCUCCAAAACGCGGUGCGUAAUAUUCUAGAUGGAGAGCUGCUGAAUAAAUACCUCUACCUCAGCGGCAUGGAGCGCAGCGAACUGGCCAAGAAGAUUGGCACCACCUCCGACAUUAUUUUGGAGGAUCUGUUGGACGUUGAGAGAGUCACUGCUCAUUUCUGAAAAACCUGCUCCCCUGUUCCUGACCAGACCAGCUCACAACUACCAGCUCUUCUCUGUCAAAUGAACUGAAAGAAUGUUUUAUUCCUUUUUUGGAAAUGUUUUGUGUUAAAAAAAAAAAAAAAGUGUAACAGUAUGUGCGUCGUUUCCAUUAGAACUUUGACUAUUUUGUACGCAAAGUAAAAAAAAAAAAAGAAGUUUUCAUAAUUUAAA